AUAAUUUACAAUAAAAUACUGAUGAAUAUUUAGGACACUGCGGUGGUCGUCGAUUCGUGCUGACGUUAGCAACAGGCAUGAUAUUCGGAUUCUUCUCAGCGUGUCUUUUAAUUACUGCUACCAAAGAUGUGCCACAUAUUUUAAACUGGAUGCCAGGAAGGUCUAGUCUCAGAGAUCCUCAUCAUUAUUCAGAGCUGGAUAAUGAGCUAGGACCAAAUGUAGACGUAACCUUCCAUGGAAAUGACGAAGAUUUUCACAAAGGUGAAGACAAAGUUGCUCAAGAAAUGGCCAAAAAAGUUAGGGUCCUCUGCUGGGUGAUGACUAACCCAAAAAAUCAUCAAACCAAAGCUAGACAUGUGAAAGCGACGUGGGGAAAACGUUGCAAUAUUCUUUUGUUUAUGAGUUCUGCACCAGAUUUAACAUUGCCAACUGUAGUUUUGUCAGUGAAAGAAGGCCGAGAUAAUUUAUGGGCUAAAACCAAAGAGGCUUUCAAAUACGCUUAUGAACAUUAUAAGGACGAAGCCGAUUGGUUUAUGAAAGCUGAUGACGAUACGUACGUGAUAGUAGAGAAUUUACGGUACAUGCUAUCGUCAUACAAUCCUUUGUCUCCAUUGUACUUCGGCUGUCGCUUCAAGCCGUUUGUGAAGCAAGGCUACAUGAGUGGUGGAGCUGGAUACGUCCUCAGCAGAGCGGGCCUAGAAAAAUUCAUAGAAGAGGCCUUGCCAGACAAGACCAAGUGUCGUCAAGAUCCCGGCGGGGCCGAAGACGUCGAGAUGGGAAAAUGCUUAGAGAAUGUCGGGGUAAAAGCGAUGGACACCAGAGACCCCCAUGGAAGAGGGAGAUUCUUCCCGUUUGUGCCAGAGCACCACUUGAUUCCCAAUCACGUUGACAAAAGCUUCUGGUACUGGAAGUACAUAUACUACAAUACCAAGGACGGUUUAGAUUGUUGCUCAGACAGUGCUGUGUCAUUUCAUUACGUCUCACCAAAUAUGAUGUAUGUUUUGGAGUACUUGAUUUAUCAUUUAAGACCCUACGGUAUCACGCACAAGGUUCAAGAUACCGAAAGUGUAUCGCCAUCCGUGAAACCGACUCUUAGCAUUACGGAGUCCUAG